CACCCUAGAGAAGUAUUCGAAUCCCGCCGUCUUUUCUUCCGACACGCUCGUUCAUCUCUUCCUCAUCUCCUUCGUUCUCCUUCUCCCCUCUUCUUGUUGCUUUAGCUUCGUGCGAAACCCUAGGGUGCGAAUCGCGAGGUCCUCUAAUGGCGAGGCGCGAGCUCUCGAACACGCUCAGGAACCUCAAGUUUAUGCAGAGGGCCGCAGCAGUUCAAAAGUUGGAGAAACCGAAGGAAGAGGAGGAGGAGGAGGUGGAUGAGGAGGAGGAGAGGGUUAAGAAGGAUGCGUUCUCCGGCGCUUUCUCUCGCCCAGUUAGAAAGUGCAUUGUAAUAAUGGAAGGGGAUCCUCAACCAGGAGCAUUAAAAGGUCGGAUGUCAUUUCAGAGUUUUAAUCCUUCUAUCGAAAAAUUAAAUGAAGAGGCAGCAACCAUCCGUCAGACGCAAACAUCUUCCUCAAGUGCUUAUCAUCGAAAUGGUGGAAAUUCCGACAGAAUAGAUGGUGUUUCUACAAUAGGAUCAAGAGACUCAAAUGCAUCUAGCCCAGAAGAUGCCUCUGAAAUGGAUCUAAAAAGAAAGCAGCCUGAAACUGAGAUGGAAACAGUGUCUCCUAAUAAGCUGCUUAAGAGUGACAGUUCUGAUUUCGAUGGGCAGUCGUCGUCCAAAAGUAGUAAAAAAGGAUCUCAUAAGACGCAGAAGCGCGAGAGGUUUGAUUGGAAUGUUCUCAGACCGCCAAAACCUGCUAAUAAAAGUUAGGUUCGAUUACGUUGUUGUACUUUCAUAUUUAUGUAGUUCUUCAGUCACAUUUGGAAGUUCUUUUUCAUGAUAUUAAUUGAUCUUACAUAAUUUGUGGACUUUUUUGUUACUUGAUCCAUAAAUAGUUUAUCAAGCUUUCUAGUGUUGCGCUCUAGUUCUUUGACAUAAUUUA